UCUGGGGUAAUUUUUGAAAAAAAGAAAAAAAAACUCAAGUUCCUUUUUUUAAAAUCUUUAUUUGUGAAAAUUCUUCACGUUAACCUUUAAAUUGCUGCUUUAGUAGGCGGAUAAUUUUCCAUCAUGUCAAUCUGCAGUACUCACCCUGCAUUUUUAGAAUAUUCAAAACGUACGUCAGUUGUUUCUCUUCAAAGGCGGAACGUUAUAGGGAAGUACCUGCCCUACUGCUGGAAAGUCCCCGAUUAGCAGUCACAACGAAACCGCAGAUUGUAUGUCUGUCUUUUUCCUUUUUGGGGGUAGGGGACGUUUUUCCUCGUUAACUGAUCUAGGUUGUACUUCUUGGAGCAGAGAGUUUCACCUGCUACCAGGGUGACUGACACCACGAGCCCCAUUUCUGCUUCGAAGGCCACUUCCGGUCGGAGCCAUUUUCUCUUGAAAUUUUCUGGAGGAGAUUCUGAGGACGAGUCCGACUGGAGGACCGGGGUCAAGAGAGAGAUUAACAGCUACCACUAUCUGAAAUUCAUAUAUAUAUAUUUUUUUAAAUUGGUUUAUUAAUUCUGUCAUGGAUUUCUAAAAACCUCAAUGGGAUGUCCAUUUCAGGGAGAGAGGCUUGAAUCAAAUUCUGGAACUUCCAUUUUCUUAAACAUACCCUAAAUUAUUUUUACUUCAGCAUAAUUUCAUACGCAGAAAAGUACCCAUGUGGAGAAAACUGAAAAACACCUGUCUUUGUGUAAUGGUACUUGCCAAGAGCAAUGGAGCGACUCGUAUUGAUGACGAUGCAGGGUGAUUUUUAAAUCUUCCGUUAGUAUUUUUUUUUCUAGUUACUUUGGAAGUUUUUAAAAUGUUGUGUUACUUCCCAUCUUGUUAGCACAGACCCUAGAAAAGAGUGGGAGGAGAAAUUGAGUUGAGGAAGGUGUUCCUAUCAUUUUCUUGAAUGACAUGGUCGUGGCUAAGUGUUCUCUUUGCUGGUUUCAGAGCAUUAAAGAGAAAUUUAAUUUGUUACGAAACUGCAGCUAAUUUAUACAUUUCUAGUUUAUAUUCGUCUUAGACAUACAAGUACAUUUGGAAUAUUAAUUCGAGCCUCUCUCCUUGAAAUGGACGUCCCUUUUUCUUCUUCCACGAUGGAAAUUUUGCAAAACAGCAGUUUUUUAAGGACAUUGUGCAGCAACAGUGGACCGGCAGAUUUGCUGUAUGACAACACCUCUGAACUAUUCCGAAUCUCCACGUUUGCGAAAUUCCCAGCCACUGUGGCUGUGACGGAGAGGAGUCUUGCGCGUGCUGGGUUUUAUUACACGGGUGUCGGGGACCGCGUUCAGUGCUUUCGCUGUAAUGUGACGGUGGAGAACUGGCAAGCAGGAGAGUGCCCAACGGAGAGACACAGGCAGAUUUCCCCAACCUGUACAUUCAUCCAGAGCCUGCCAUCUACUUCCAGCCUCUUGUCAUCUUCCCACUCUGCAUUUUCCCCCCUGCGACACUUAACAGCUUUGCAGGUGUCUGCCUCUGUGACCACCCCCGCAGCCACAUACCCAGGCCAGACGGACGAACAGGUCGGAUUCCUAGGCUUCCCAACAAGUCCUUUAAGCUCCCGUGGCUUGGAAGACGCGUCACAUCAACGUCCAGCUGCCUGUCACAAUGCAGGAAUGUGCCGCGAACAGGAACGUCUGGACUCUUUCCAGAACUGGUCUUAUACGGCCGUUACCCCAGCUGAUCUGGCUAAAGCUGGCUUUUACUACAUGGGUCAGGCUGAUUGCGUGGCUUGCUUUUGUUGCGGAGGGCAGCUCAGCAACUGGGAGCCGGGCGACCGGGCAGUGCUGGAGCAUCAGAGGCACUACCCCAACUGCAGAUUCGUAAGGGGAGAAAGAACAGAAAAUGUGCCAAUCACUGUCGGUGGACUGGUCAACGUUUCUAAUCCAGUGAUGCAGCAGUGUGAGGAAAGAUUAUUAACAUUCGUUAAUUGGCCUUCUAGAAUACCAGUGCGACCUGACCAGUUAGCCAAGGCUGGUUUUUAUUACGUAGGUCGUAAUGACGAUGUGAAGUGUUUUUGCUGUGAUGGCGGACUUAGAUGCUGGGAAUCGGGUGACGAUCCCUGGGUGGAACAUGCCAAGUGGUUUCCAAGGUGCGAGUAUCUUCUGCAGGAGAAGGGCCAAGAAUUUGUUCAUCAAAUUCAAGCUCGAUUUCCACGGUUGUUUGAGCAGCUCUUGACCAAUGGUGAUAGUUCACGAGAGUUUGUUGAUCCCCCAGUGGUUCAUCUUGGCCCAGGAGAAGAACGGUCAGAAGAUGCAGUGAUGAUGAACACGCCUGUGGUGAUGUCCGCCUUGGAGAUGGGGUUUGAGCGAAGUCUGGUUAAACAAACUGUACAGAGUAAGAUUCUUACUAGCGGGGAGAACUACAAGACGGUUCAAGAGCUGGUGUCAGACCUACUGAGUGCUGAAGAUGAAAAGAGAGAGGAGGAGAAGGAGAGGUUUGCAGAGGAAAUGGCCUCAGAUGGCUUCACUUUUUUGAAAAAACACCACAUCGCCCUUACUCAGCGUUUGAAGAGCGUUCAAAGCUUGAUGGACCACCUUCUGGAGCAGUCUGUCAUCCUCCAGAGGGAAUACGACACCAUUGCCAGUUGCACGUCAGUCAAACAACAGACCAGUCAGUUAAUUGACUUGGUGCUGUCCAAAGGCAAUGCGGCAGCUGAAGUGUUCCGAAACUGGAUCAAAAAGAACGACGUAUACCUCUUAAGAGAACUAAUGGCCCAGUCAAAUGAAGCUGCAUCACCGAGUCAAGAUCUUUCAGAUUUGCCUAUGGAGGAACAGUUAAGACGACUGCAAGAGGAGCGUACUUGUAAAGUGUGCAUGGACAAGGAGGUCAACAUUGUCUUCAUCCCCUGUGGACAUCUGGUGGUGUGCAAAGAAUGUGCGCCAUCGUUACGCAAGUGCCCCAUUUGCAGAGGGCUCGUUAAGGGCACUGUUAGAACCUUCCUUUCCUAAUCUCUUAAAGCCUGUUAUCAAAAUUAGCGCAUGCAGAGGUAGAACUGAUUUUAUAGUAAUCUUGUUAAAUCUUCCUGUGUGUGCAGUGCUCUUUUUCCUGUUAACCUGCUGAUGCUUUUGUCCUCUGCAUGUCGGCCUCUUUUUCCACACUAAAUAUGAUUUUCUCAACUCUUAUAUGCACGUUUUUCUAAAUUAUAUACGCAUUUAAACUUUCUAAGCAAUUUUUUGUUUCCUGGCAAAAUAAACUAAUGUGCUGUAAUAUGGUGACUAAAUAUGAUUGAAUGUGCAACAGAUAGUCUUCCUAAAAAAGUGAACUAUUUAAGUGGUGUGUUGUAAUAGUAGGAACGUGUUGAUUUGUUUGUCAUGUAAUUCUGACUGAAGAAUUACCAAUCUGUAAUUGCCAGAAAACAAAAAGUGUAAUGCAGACCUGCUUCCUCACGGAAGAUUAGUUGUAAUUAGUGCAAAGUGUGUUGUUUGGAAAAAACAAACCUGAUUAAAUCCUCAGGUGCUUUUUGUUUCAGAAUAUGUUAUAAAACUGUUAAAUUGUUAACGAAUUGUUAUACCUGGGCCAACAGCAGAUGGAAAAUUUGUUGUGAAAGUAAAGGUAGGUAUAGAACUACAGCUACCAUAAAGAGCUUUGCUUUGUGAUUGACCUUCCGGAUUUGCUUUUUAAUCUGUACCAUAAGUCUAAACUAUAUACUGUGUGUACUUUUACAGUAUAAAUUUUAGAUUUAGGGAAUUUUAGAUUAAGACAAUAACUUGUGUUUCUAUUAAAUAUGUAUACAAAAACUAGUGUAAAUGACAGAUGGAAAAAAUGCAUACAUAUAGUAUAUAAUCGGAUUACUCAUCAUACAAGUCUUUUGUUUAGUAUGUCAUUAUACAGUGCUUUAGGAGGAAUCCCUUUUUUAUUUCUUUGCUGUUGAUGUAAUGCAGCCACCUUCUGACAGGUCAGGAGCCUUCCCCAGCAGCACAAAGACAAGGUUUGGCCACGCCUUAGAUGGCAUGUCGGUAGCGUAAUGCAUACUUAAUUAGUUGACUUAAUUUUCCAUUUAUUUGAAAUCUGCCUGAAAGGAGUAAGACCACUGGCUUUGCUCCUGACCAGAUUUUAAUUUAAAGGCAAUUUAAUUUUAAAUUUAGAUGCCAUGUUAACUUUUACAUAUGAAGUAACAGUUUUGGUAAAAUAUGCUUAAUUUCCGGACCGGCAUACCAUUUUUAGCAACACUCGCAUUAAUGAUUGACUGGCUUCAGAAAAUAUUCUCAGUCAUGAAUGUGAGCUUGAAUACCUAGUGGUAACACCAAGGCAAAUAUUCUGCAGUGCAAUAGCAACACAAAGUCCUGCACCACCUUUUCAGUCAUGCUUCCUUCAUUUGAGGGGGGGGAACUUAUGUAUCCAGUGUAUUUUCUAUUUAUCUGUAGAAAUAAUAGCAAUCCUUGAAAAAUGACACACGUUCCUUAUAUACUUCAAGGAUAUGUAAAAUGUAUGAGUGUCUGAACUAGUAGGUAGCAGGAAAAUUACUAACGUUAGACUGGUGUAUUUAACAUUCUAAAUAUAUUGCAAUAGUUUGAUGUAUAUCCAGGGGGAAGAACCAUUAAGAGCUUUAAUGACCGGUCCCCUAAAAUUUCAUAGGUAACCACACCAAAGAGGAUAUAUUUUUUUUUAGUUUUCUAAUUUUAUGCAAGCUGUAGUUUCCUUAACUAUCUACCAAAGAGGACAUUCUGCAUAAUGUAUGCUUCUGGCUAAUAUCCAACGUUGUAUUUCACUUAAUCAGUUUGAUUAUACAUUGAUUGCCUUUUUUGGGUUGCACAGACAACUAUAUUAUGAGAAUAGCUGUGAACAUUGCUACCCAAACUUAUCUUCAGCUACCUUUUGGUUAUGACCACCUUGGAUGAAUAUAAAAUCACUUGUUUCAUUGAAAGGUUCCACCUAAAAAUAAGUGUGUAAUCGUUCAGUGUACUAUUACAUUUUUGGCUGGUUUAGCUGUGUAUGAAUUAAAUGUCUGUUUCAAUUAUAUACAUUGCAUGUAUAAAAAUAGUAGGCCAAGCCAAGAAGAUUCUACUACUAGAAAAUUAUUUGGAUUUUGGGCAUGAAUUAUAUAAAAGAAUACAUUCUGCAAUUAAACAAUAUGGUGCAUCCCCA